AUGGAUGGAUCAGCAGCGACAGCAUUCAUUACUGGUGGUGCAAGCGGCCUUGGUCGCGCAGUGGCGAAGCUUUUACUGCAAAAAGGCAUCAGAGUGUGUGUUGCGGACAUUUGCCAAGAUGGCCUGCGAUCCUUGAGCGAAGAGUUGAACAAAGACGAGACGGUGCUGUUGCCCGUCGUCGUCGACGUUGCAGACUGGGACUCCCUGCGUCGGGGAUUUGAAAAGGCAGUGUCUCAGUUCCGGCGGAUCGACUACAUCUUUCCAAUCGCGGGUGUCGGCGAGACCAGGACGUUUCCCAAUAACCCAGCAUCCACGGGCUUCCAACCGCCAGAUCUUCGAGCGUUUGAAGUCAACAUGAACGGCUUUCUGUACACGAUCAGCUUGGCCUUGCAGCAAUUUCGCCGGCAGUCGGUGAAUGACCUUGGGUUUCGCGGCAAGAUCAUCGUGCUCGGAUCAGUGUCGGGGUUUUACAGCAUGCCUUGCGUUCCCAUGUGCGCAGCAGCGAGACAUGCCCAGGUCGGCUUCGUGCGCUCGUUCGGCACCUACCUCGCCGACGAGGAGAAGAUCUUCAUCAACGUCAUCUGCCCCAACAAGAUCCGCACGGGCCUGAACACCGCCGAGGCGUUCGACAAGAUCGAGGCCGCCGGCGUCCCGCUGAUCGAGAUGAAGACUGUGCUCGAUGAGGUCGAGAAGCUGUUGGGCUCGAACAGCCUCUCCGGCGCGAUCAUUGAGAUUGCGCCCAAGAUUGGGAGUGUUGUGCGAGAGCCUCCAGCGUUCGUCAACAGGGAAUCUGAGCGCAGCGCCGAGAUGACGUUGGAGCUCGCGCGGCCUCUGCACCAGGUAGUGCGCUGA